GACCUAAUAGAGUAAUCCCAACUCUCGCAGCAGAGAUGAUAACAGCACGGGAAUCGAUUGGCUCUCCACCGAAUCAGACAUAGACUUCAAGCUGGGUAGUACUCUUGGAAAGAUAGAAGAUCACCCCGUGAACAACAUCUAAAGUGACGAAUGGCACCACCAAGACAUUAUUAACAAUUCUUUUUCCAUUGUCAGAGAACUCUUGUUCAUGUUCACGCCUACGUGCUGAGCCCACCAUUUAAGUCAGAGUCUGGGAGUGGGCCCCAUUACUAACACAACCAAAUAGGGUUCCAAAUGAGAAAGACCAAUAUGUUAUUCGUUUCGUUGGUAGAACCUACGCUCAUUUUACAAUAUGAUAGUUGAUUGACUCUCUCUCGUCCAAUAAAAAGCCAUAAUAGUAUAUCCGAGAGUCAAGUCACUUUCAACACUUCUGAUUCUCUCCUUUCCAAAGCUCCACAAGGCAAGCAAAAUACGUCAAGUAAUAGGAGUCGAAAUUCCAUAAGUAAUAGGACAUGACAUACUGUAGUAGCUUGGUUUGUUCAUUGGUCUUUCUUUCUUUUUGAGUUCUUUCUUAGUUUAGAUGGAAAUCGACGUUCUUUUCCAAAGUAGUAGGGCACUUCUUAAUUCAAGGCUUUUCUUUCAUAGGGUUCUCUUAAUGACUAGUCGUUUGAAGCCUUAAUCAAUCAAGUUUCCGUUUCUUUUGCUUGGCCCGUUGCCCAGUCACAGCCUCCUUCUCGCCCAAAUUGGAUUAAUGCAGGCAGCUUUUUUCUGAUUCAGGGCGCAGCGAAGCCCAUUUCUAUAUCAAGGCAAAGAGAUCAAAUAAGGGGAAGAGGAGUUUUCACGAAAGAAGAUAAAUGACUCUAAGGAACCAACGAUUCUCUAUUCUUAAACAACCCAUACCCUCCACACUUAACCAGCAUUUUAUAAAUUAUCCAACUCCGAGCAAUAUUAGUUAUUGGUGGGGUUUCGGUCCGUUAGCUGGUAUUUGUUUAGUGAUUCAGAUAGUAACUGGCGUUUUUUUAGCUAUGCAUUACACACCUCAUGUGGAUCUAGCUUUCAACAGCGUAGAACACAUUAUGAGAGAUGUUGAAGGUGGCUGGUUGCUCCGUUAUAUGCAUGCUAAUGGGGCAAGUAUGUUUCUCAUUGUGGUUCACCUUCAUAUUUUUCGUGGUCUAUAUUAUGCGAGUUAUUGCAGUCCUAGGGAAUUUGUUCGGUGUCUCGGAGUUGUCAUAUUCCUAUUAAUGAUUGUGACAGCUUUUAUAGGAUACGUACCACCUUGGGGUCAGAUGAGCUUUUGGGGAGCUACAGUAAUUACAAGCUUAGCUAGCGCCAUACCAGUAGUAGGAGAUACAAUAGUGACUUGGCUUUGGGGUGGUUUCUCCGUGGACAAUGCAACCUUAAAUCGUUUUUUUAGUCUCCAUUAUUUACUCCCCCUUAUUCUAGUAGGCGCCAGUCUUCUUCAUCUGGCCGCAUUGCAUCAAUAUGGAUCAAAUAAUCCAUUGGGUGUACAUUCUGAGAUGGAUAAAAUCACUUCUUACCCAUAUUUUUAUGUAAAGGAUCUAGUAGGUCGGGUAGCUUUUGCUAUCUUUUCUUCCAUUUGGAUUUUUUAUGCUCCUAAUGUUUUGGGGCAUCCCGAUAAUUAUAUACCUGCUAAUCCGAUGUCCACCCCGCCUCAUAUUGUGCCGGAAUGGUAUUUCCUACCGAUCCAUGCCAUUCUUCGCAGUAUACCCGACAAAUCCGGAGGUGUAGCCGCAAUAGCACCAGUUUUUAUAUCUCUGUUGGCUUUACCUUUUAUGAAAAAUAUGUUUAUUCGUAGUUCCAGUUUUCGCCCGAUUCACCAAGGAAUCUUUUGGUUGCUUUUGGCAGAUCGCUUAAUACUAGGUUGGAUCGGAUGUAAACCAGUGGAGGCACCAUUUGUUACUAUUGGACAAAUUCCUUCCUUUUUGUUCUUCUUGUUCUUUGCCAUAACGCCCAUUCUGGGACGGGUUGGAAGAGGUAUUCCAGAUUCUUACACGGAUGCAACUUGAUCAAACACCUGAUCAGUGCAUUUUUCUUACAACCAACAGUUUGCCAUUAACGAGUCCUUUGAGUAUAUUACACUAUGAAUUUACAAGCAGAUGAGUUUUA